AUGUCUGCGGUUCAUCCUUCAUCUUCGACGAGCACAGGUCAAGUAGCGGUGGGGAACGCACUGAGCACCGGAACCGGGACCGGCUCAACAAGGUCAAAGCUGGCAUGUGCCGCAUGCAGAUUCAACAAGGUCAGAUGUCUACGGAAUGAGGGGUUGGAUCAUGCCUGUAUGCGAUGUCUGCGAUAUGGGUUAGCAUGCACACCACCAGCUGUCAAUAAGCCUCGUGGAAGACCACCAAGAAAGAGUAGUAGUAACGGAGUCAAUAACACCACUCCACCGUUGUCAUUACCUCUCGGAUCCUCCUCAUCCUCCAUCCGCCCUAUUCAACUACCCAAUACUCUAGAUAUGAACCUGAAUCAGCCUGUCUCAAGCUAUACCAACAUACAUCCUUCAGUUUCUUCGUACUCCUCGUCUCAUCAACAGAACCUCAAUCAGCACGAACACCCGUCCCUCAGUCCAGAUCAUCGUCGGCUCAGUACCAGUGUAUACCCAGCUGUACAGCCUUCACCACGAUCAUCAGAAGCAGAAGCCAGCGCUACCAAUCGCAACCUUGAUAUCUCGGAGUAUCUGGAUCCGGCAGAUCGUCCCAUACAGCUUCACGGGCCUAGCUCGCCGUUCUUCCUGAACUACACAUCGAAGCAUACGAAACUAGAGGACGAUGAUAGUCCACAUGGAGAAGCGAGGGAUGAUCCAGUGAAGCAAGGGCGUUGGUACAGCUAUUUCACGAUCGGCUGA